AUGAUCGAGGACGGCCUAGCUCAGAGGCGGCCGGACAUGCCAAGGUACACGAGGCCGUACCCGCCAGAAAUUGACCCGAUCCUCCUCCGCCGGAACUAUCGAUUGCCAGAGUUCAUGCUUUUCUCUGGGGAUGGGCAGACCUCCUCCAUUGAACCCAUCGGCCGUUUCACAUCCCAGUGUGGAGAGGCCGAUUCGGACGCUCAGAGACUCCGACUAUUUGUUCAUUCUUUGACCGGCGCGGCGUUCUCAUGGUUCAUAAACCUUCCGCCGAAUUCAAUAAGGGAUUGGUCUGAUAUGGAACGGGUGUUCCAUGAGCAUUUCUAUCAGACCAACCGAGUGAUAACGGUCGCCGAGUUGGCAAGAAUGAGCCAAGCAUCGGACGAAUCACCUCGUGAUUACCUACAACGAUAUGCGUCCUUGUUGAAAGAGGAGAUGCAGAAGAAGACGGCCUCAAAGGGGACCUACUACAGGAAUCCCAUCGUCAGCUACGCCGAAGCAGACGGCUCCACAGAGGCCGAGGGCGAUGAGGUCGAGAUGAGUUCGGCCGAAGUCAGCAUAGACAAACCCUUCGUUUGCAGAGGGCUUGUUAAAACUGACAAUAGCCGCACAAAGGUCCCCGAUGCCAAGUUCGCGACCCGAGAAACGAAGGCAUAA